AUGUCUGCCGCAACACAACAACCGGUCGUCCCCCCGCGCCCGAUCAAGGCCCAAGACACACCAAAGAUCCCGCCACGCCCCGCCCGCCGUGCUGUCGACCGCUCUCUCUCACCUAGCCGUGACCGGUUUGCUCCGUCGCCAUUAGACAGCCUUCUUUCCAAGAGCCCCAGCCGGGCUACUUUCAACCUUGGCUCAUCAAACCUGGCCUCCGAUCCCAUCGACCGGGCCGGCUCCGUCGACCUCCCAACUGUCGGUCAGGAGGGCAUAGAAUACGAUGCUGUCGCAGAAGAGCUCAGCGCAUCCAAGUCACAAGCUGGCAGCAGCCGCGCCGCCUCCCCGGAACACACUCGUACCGUGGGCGACGACGUGAAGCUGCACGCCCCCAAGCCGUCGCUGCCUGCCAUUAGCGCUAAGCAGCGCGUGGCCACUGUCACCCGCACUGAUAGCGAAAAAGCUGCCUCGUUCGGCAUUGGCCAGGCCAGCAGCGGUGGCGACACCAAGAAGAAGGCCAGCACCGCCAGCCAAGACCUGUCGUCCAACGAAGACGGCCUCGAGGAUGACGAACACGGCAUCCCGGAGAUCGGCCGUCAGGUCCCCAUGUACCCAAACGCCGGCGAUGUCCAGGCUCCUUCUCCGGGACCCGACGCCGUGGCUGAUGGCGGUAAGCGGAACCACAGCCGCAAGAAGAGCGCGCGUGGUUUCGGUGACCUGCCCCCAGGCAGCUAUGGCCUCCACGGCCACGGUGUUAUCGCCUCCGACAAACUGGAGAAGGCUUACUAUGGCAAGCAUCCUGAGCUCAUUGAGAAGGAGCACACCCCCCACGACUCCGAUCGCACUCAGGAUUACUCCAUGACGAGCGCCGACCUGAACAAGAUUGUGCGCGAGACGGCCAGCCGUGGCUCUGGAAUUGCAACGCAUGGCAGCGCCGGCACUCCCAGCGAACAAGUUGGUUGGCAGGCUAUUGACGAGUCGGUUUCCCGCCCCGCCUCUGUUGCACUCAAGGGCAAGGCAAACAGUUUCGGCAGCCAAUCCUCCGCUGCAGACAAGGGCGAAACCCCUGGAAUCUCCUUUUCUGCCCCCAAUGAUGACAAUAAUGUCAUCCACGUCGAUGACCCCAACAACCAUCGUAAGAGUGUAAUGUUCAACGAAGACGAGGGGCCCGAUUUCGAUUACGAGGGCGAAGCACCUAUUCUCGCGCCCGACGAGGUCGCUAAAGACCCAUCCGGCUACGAGCACGAACCCGCCGUGGUUCCUGCAUUUGAGCGCCGCCUCAGCUCGUUUGACGGUGAGGACGGCUCCAGCCGCCAUUCUAGUCGCCCUGCCAGCAUCUAUCGCGUUUCGUCGAUCCCCCAGGAGUCCGCCAUUGCCGAAGAGAAGGCCGAAGACGAAUACGAGCCACUGUUCCAGGACGGCGACAGCAAGACCGCCCGUGCCGCCUCUGUCUCCGCCAAAUCGAUUACCGAGGAAGGUGCUCCCCGUUUCCCCAGCCGCGACAUUUGGGAAGACGCCCCGAGCAGUGCCCACCACACCGCCGAAGUGUCCACACCCGACAUGCCAAUUGAGCAGCACGAGGAGGGCUAUGUUGCCCAACGCCCCUCGACCGACUCUCCACGGGAGGGUGAGACCCCUGCCCAGGCUUUCGCUCGGCAACAGGAGGAGCUCGCCGAGAAGGAGCUGCAGGGAGCCGACGCAUUUGCCGAGAACCGCAAGCCCCGCGGGCCCGCGUCGUCCCCGUUGGCCAAAAAGGAGAUUCUUGCCCCUGCGGGCAACACCCACGCGCCUUCCAGCAGCCCCGCCAGCGCCAGCAGCCUCCGUCGCCCACAACUCGGCCAGCGGUUCCCCAGCCGUGAUGUUUGGGAGGAUGUGCCCGAAAGUCUGCGGCUUCAGACUGUCGUCUCGAACCCCCAGGGCGAGGAGGCAUCUUCUCCUCUCGAGGCAUCAAAGCCCACCGUGCCCCAGAGACCGGCACGGAAGCUGACGGACUCGUCAGACAAAGCAGCACCAGUCGUACCGAGCCGGCCUAAGCCCAAGACUGCUUCGUCUGAAGAGGAUGCUAGCAAGCCCGCGGUGUCCGACAAGCCCAAACCUGUUGUUCCCACCCGCCCGGUCCGCCACCAGCAGCCCAGUGCCGACCAGGAGCCCGAGUCUGUUCCCCGGUCUAAGCCGGCCGUCCCGGCUCGCCCUUUUGGUGGCAAGAUUUCUCAACUGCAGGCCAACUUCAUGUCAGACCUGAACAAGAAGCUUAAGAUUGGCCCCCAGGCUCCUAAGAAAGAUGACCCGGAGCCGACUGAGAAUGCCCCUGAGGCUGAGAAAGCGCCGCUUGUGGAUGCCCGCAAAGGUCGUGCCCGUGGGCCCCAGAGAAGCGCCCCGCGCGCCGCUGCUUCGACCACAGCCCCUGUCACUUCCUCCGCACCGACCCUGGCCUUUUCCACAACCACAACCCUCUACAGUAUCGACCCCGAGGAUGGUGGUCUGAUCGUCACGUCUGGCAAGAUUUCGUCAUCAAUUCCAGAGGCCGAGAAGGACGAACCUGCUGCAGUUGAGCCUGAUGCGGUUGAGAAGAAAAAGGGGGAGGAGCCUGCCGCGAAUGAGGAGGCAAAGGUUGAGACUGCCGAGCCAGCCGAGGCAGCUGAACCAGCUGAGCCAGCCGAGAAGACCCAGACGAUUGCCUCUAACACGGCUGGCGAGCCCCUCGUCGAGGCCAAGGUUGAGGCAUCGGGCGACUCAGUAGAACCCGCUGCUGCUGAGGAGCCAGUUGCUGCUGAGGAAUAA